CUUGGGCUUUGGGGCCGGAGGACAUUUACAGGAACUAAAAUGUAGAUGAGGCAACUGCCGUUGGAGUUGUCAACCAACUUACCAAUUGUGCGAUUUCUACUACAGCCUAAACAACACAGCGCCGUUCCAUGUCUGCAGUCACAGCAAGAUCAAGUAACUUGCAUCACUGGCGCACAACUGCACAGAAGAUUAGCUUCAAAUGAGCCUUAAUAUCUCCUUCUCUGCCCACUAUAAGCAUCAUGGUUGAGACUUCUGAAGAGGUGAGGCAAGAUUCAGAGGCGAAUAGAGCCUCUUCUUGCGGCCUGUGGUUGGGACGCAUUAGAGGAUUCAUCCCGUCCAGUUUCCGCACCGAAGUGAUUCUCCUUUUGAAGCUGGCAGGACCUGUGGUCAUUUCCCAGAUGAUGAUCUUCAUGAUCAGUAUCAUCAGCAUGGUGUUUUGUGGUCAUCUAGGGAAAACACAAUUUGCAGCUGUAUCACUGGCAAUUGCGGUGGUUAAUGUGACUGGCAUUGCCGUUGGGACUGGCUUGUCAUUGACCUGUGACACCCUUAUAUCUCAGACCUUUGGAAGUGGAAACCUGAAGCGUGUGGGGGUGAUCCUUCAGAGAGGGGUUCUGAAUCUCCUUCUGGCGUGUUUCCCCUGCUGGGCUGUUCUCAUCAAUACUGAACCCUUUUUACUUGCCGUUAAACAGAGCCCAGAGGUUGCCAGUCUGGCACAAAUGUAUGUGAAGAUCGUCAUGCCUUCUCUGCCAGCGGCAUUUAUGUACCAGCUGCUGGGAAGAUAUCUUCAGAACCAGGGAAUUAUUUGGCCUCAGGUCGUAACCGGUGUAAUUGGAAACAUUUUAAACGCAUUUGUCAAUUAUGUUUUUCUCCAUCUUCUGCAACUGGGAGUUCCUGGGUCUGCCGCAGCAAAUGCAAUGUCACAGUGUGUUUUUUCCAUCAUCCUACUGGCCUAUGUUUGGUGGAAGGGGUUGCACAAAGCCACAUGGGGAGGCUGGUCCCGUGAGUGUCUCGAGGAGUGGGGACCCUUUGUCAAGCUGGCCAUGCCAAGCAUGCUCAUGUUUUGCCUUGAGUGGUGGGCAUUUGAAGUGGGAGGAUGUCUUGCUGGCAUAAUUAGUGAAAUUGAGUUGGGAGCCCAAUCUGUGAUCUAUAACCUGACUGUUGUGGCUUUCAUGUUCCCCAUUGGAAUGGCAGCUGGAGCUAGUGUCCGUGUAGGGAAUGCUCUUGGUGCAGGAAACAGUGUGCAAGCCAAGUUGUCUUGUAAAGUUUCCAUCAUCUGUACAUCUGCAGUCGCCUGUUGUGUUGGACUUAGCCUUACACUAUCCAGAAAUGUAAUUGGCUACAUUUUCACCACAGAUCCAGACAUUUUAAAGAGGACUGCUGACGUCAUGGUUGUUUUUGCCGUCAUGCAUCUUGCUGAUGCUAUUGCGGGUGUGAGUGGAGGUGUUUUUCGAGGAGUUGGAAAACAAAAGGUCGGUGCUGUGUCCAACCUGGUUGGACACUACUUCAUUGGCUUUCCAAUAGGUGUGUCUUUAUUGUUUAAGACACAAUUGGGCGUUGUAGGACUUUGGACUGGUCUUACGAUCUGUGUGGUACUGCAGGCUAUUUUCUUCGUGGCAUAUUUGUGCCGUCUUGAUUGGAGAAAGGCUGCCAAUGAUGCUCAAAGGAGAGCAGGUGUUCAGGUCAAGGUUGAAGACACGGUGGAAAUGCUAGACUGCGAGCCAGACUCUAAAACUGCAUUGGUUCCUGCUCCUUCACCCAGAUGUGAGAGUACUGCAGAGGACCAACAGAUUCCAGACCAGCAUGAAACUGCAGUCACCAUAGUCGGUGAUGUUCUCACAGUGAAACAACUGCUUUUACGUCGUAGCUUGGUUCUACUUGUCAUGAUUGUCAUCUGUGUGGCUGGAAUCAUGACCAGUCACUUCCUUGUCGGACAAUUGAAGUGAGUCUCGGCUUGGUUUAUAUUUGAGAGU